CAAUGGCAACAUUGUAACAUACUGAAUGGAGAAAAGAAAUUCCCAAUAAUUUGAACUUUGAAAAAGCUCAAUCAUAGAUACAGAUAGAGAGAUUGAGACGGUAAUCCCUCUUUGAGUAGAAAGCAAGCAACAUUAAAAGUUCCCAAAUCUUCCAUUUCUUCAUCUUCCUCCUCUGUCAAGCAAGAAUCUAUGCCCAUUUUUUGUUGCAGACCACAAUUCCAUAACAUUCACACUCACUCUCACUCUACUCUUCAAUUUGAUUCAUCAACGAAUCAUCCUUUAUUCUCUCAUGACUACCUCUGCUUUCCUUCCAAUUUUAUUUGCUUUUCUCCCAGGUUUGCCGACCAAGUGCUUGUAUAAAUGCCCCUUAGAGCUGGAAACGUUUGGAGUGCUCAUUGAGCGAUGGAGAGAUUGUGGGUUCUCAUACUUUACUUCUCUAUUGCAUUUUCAGCCACUGUUCUGGCUAUUCCUAGUGAUGAUGGUUUUUACUCUAGAAAGUUGAAAUUUGAGAUUCAUGGACACAGACCUAGCAGAAGCUCAACUAGUGAGUCCUUGAAGAAGUUGAAACUACAAUUUCAAAAUGGGUUCAUUUCAAGACCCCAACUGAAAUUCUUGACUGUUGAACCAAGUGCUGUGACUGUUAACUCUCCAUUUUCAUUGCCUCCUUUUGAUUCCCUUGCACCAACCCCAUUGCCUGUAAACUCUCCUCCUAGUCCUUUCUGUGAAGACUCACCACCCCAAACUCCUCAAUCGCCAUUGUCAUCAUCGUCGUCACCGCCACCACCACCUUCGUCUGGGAUGAUCUAUUCCCAUGCGCCGCCAUCACUGUCACCACCACCAUCACCACCAUCGCCACCAUCACCACCAGGUUUUGGGCCUAGUGUCCCUACCAGAAGCCAAAGCCCUCCACCGAGCCCACCCAGCAUCUUCCCCAUAACCCCUAUUGGCCCCUUAGCCCCAUAUCCUCCUGCUAACACAUCCAGCCCCACCCCACCAAGUGGGCCUCCAAGCCCACCUCACCACUAUGGGCCUACCCCACCUAAACAUGCAUCUGGGCCGCCCAGUCAUGGGCCAAGCCCACCAGUGUUUCUGCCACCAAUGGUGUUUCCUCCGCCCUCUGGUCCACCGCCGGCAGCACAUGGGGGGAAACCAGGGUCAUCUGGUCCAGCAUGGUGUGUGGCUAAGCCAACUGUGCCUGAUCCAAUAAUUCAACAAGCUAUGGAUUAUGCUUGUGGGUCAGGAGCUGACUGCAAGUCCAUUCAGCCUAAUGAACAUUGCUAUGAACCUGAUACUAUUCUGGCACAUGCUUCUUAUGCUUUCAAUAGCUACUGGCAGAACACCAAGGUGAGAGGUGGUACCUGUGAUUUUGGAGGCACUGCCAUGAUUGUAACUGUGGAUCCAAGUUUUGAAGGAUGUAAGUUCGUCCUCAGUUGAGAAUAGAAAUGGAGACACAAUUUGGUUCAUCAUUUUUGACAAUAUUGAAUAAAAACAACAAUUCUCUCUCAAUUUCAAACUUUUAGAUCUAUCAUACUUUGUAUUUCUCCAUCAAUGAAUCAUCAACAAAGUGCAACAUCUUUUUCUCUUAA